CUUCGAUAUUACGAACCCAAAUUAUGUGACACCAACGUAGUGCAGUACUCGGGCUACAUGGAUAUAGGCCAAGAUGAACAUUUCUUCUUUUGGUUCUUUGAAAGCCAACAAAAUCCUGAAAGUGCUCCGGUCACAUUAUGGUUGAAUGGCGGUCCCGGUUGUUCCAGUAUGAUUGGUUUAUGGCAAGAAACCGGGCCAUGUAGUCUAUCACAAAAUGGCACGACCGCGACAUUGAACCCGUACAGCUGGACACGGUACAGCAAUAUGAUUUUUCUGGAUCAGCCUGUUGGUACGGGAUUCUCGUACGGAGCACGUAAAACCUUUAGCACCGAAGAAACGGCGAUAAAAGUGUACGAAUUCCUCCAACUAUUUUACGAGGUGUUCCCGAAGUACAAGCCAUUGCCAUUUACCAUUUUCGGUGAAUCGUAUGGAGGUCAUUAUGUCCCAAGCUACGCGAAUUACAUCGUCAAGCAAAACAACGCUAUCCAAAAAGGCCAUCCAAGCAAAUUCAACUAUAUUAUUCCGAUUGAAUCCAUCGGUAUCGGCAACGGAUGGACCGAUCCUUUGAUCCAAUAUUACUAUUAUCCGCAAAUGGCGUGCGAAUCCCAAUAUGGCGCCGUACUUCCUCAAGAGACAUGCGAUUUGAUGAGGAGAAAUUAUCCUGAAUGUGCCAACCUAAUUAAGAAAUGCGAGGCCACGGGUACGAAUUCGGACUGCAUUGCUGCCGAGAAAUACUGUCAGAACAAUGUGGAGUUGCAUUAUUAUUCGUCUGGCAAGAGCUUUUAUGACGUUCGUCGAGGCGCCAACGAUAUUGUAUAUCCUGAUGACUAUGUCAAAUUUCUCAAUACACCAGAGACACGCCAUUUAAUCGGGGCACGCACAGGUUAUGAAGAAUGUCCCACUGAACCCGCCAGUAAUUUCGGUCAAACCGGUGACAAUAUUCGCACGUUUUCACCGGCAAUUUCGGAUCUUUUGAAUUCCGGUGUUCGCGUUCUGGUUUAUGCUGGGGAUGCUGAUUACAUUUGCAAUUGGUAUGGUAAUUACGCGUGGACAAUGCAACUGCAAUGGCAGCAGAGCCCGGCAUUCCGUGCAGCCUCGUUAAAUGCAUGGAAUUUCCAAGGAAAACAAGUGGGUCAGGUCCAGUAUGGAGGUGAUUUAACGUUUUUACGCAUUUACGAUGCGGGACACGAGGUCCCAUUUUCGCAGCCAGCGCCGGCGCUGGAGAUGUUCCGUAAAUGGCUGCACAGAGAAAGCUUUCAUGCAUGAAAGGGAUAAAGAAGCUUGUCAAUUCUUUUUUUCAUAUUGUGAAAGGGGAGACGAUUCAAAAAUGGGCAGUUUUUCUUUCGUGCCCCUUUAUUGCAACUGCAUAGAGUCAAAUACAUGAUUAGAUCAUACCGCAGCCAAUCUUUGUGUUUUAGAAUGAAAUUCAUAUUUUGUAACAAUUCAUUUAUUCCAGUUUUUUCCAAUGAAUUGUAUAAUUUUGCCAUCAUAUCUGUUUUGUUAUCCUCAUGUAACGAUAGCAACACUAAUCAACACAUGAUGACAGACAUGUUUUUUUUAG